AUGCUUUUCAGUUCAACAGUCGGUUCACUCGUCUUGAACACCCCAGAUUUUCAAGCUGGCAGUCCAAUGUCAAAAGAGAAGAAAGGCGGUGUGAGCAUGAGUUCAUCUCUGAGUUCGAAAGUUCGUUCGCGAAUGGGAUUCAUUCUUUGGCCGCGUGAAUGUGUUACAAGGGCCUGUGAUUAUGUCUGGUCAUUAACCAGUGAGGCUAAUGACACACCGGAGCUUGUGAAUGAACAAUCACCGGUAUCGACUGGAAAACUUGAUGACACGGUCAAUUUGAAUGUGCCAUCAGAAAAUGCUAGACAAACAAAGAUCUGGCCCACCGAUUUAUUCCCUGUGCCUACAAUUCAGUUUUCAAAAAGACAUAUUCCUUGGCCUGGAAAUUAUAUAUCCAAAGCAUGUGAUUACGUAUGGUCGUUGACUAGUGAGGAGGAUGCAGUCGAGGGGGAUAAUGGAAUUCACAUUAACACCGAGUACUCAGAAACAGCGACCACGACAGAGGUGACCCCAAAACCACAACUAGGUGAUUCGAACAGGAGUGAAUCUAUUCCGUCCGGUGACGGCGUUGUGAGGAGAUUUCUACCGACCAGAAUCCCCGUGAUCUCCAGGUUACAUGCACCCAAUACCUACAUCUCCUGGUCUGGUGGAUACGUUUCACGAGCGUGUGACUAUAUAUGGUCGUUUGCCCACGAAACCGACUCCAAAGGUGCAGUGAUGGACCAGUGUUCAGAGCGGUUGACUAUGCAAGAACAAGGUACUGAAUCGAAGAUUGUCACGGAUGAGGGCCAGGUGAAACAGUAUUCCCAGCCCGAUUUAACCUUGGUUUCAAAAUGUCACUCAGAUGAAUGGUCCGUGCCUUGGCCUGGAAAUUACAUAGCUAAAGCAUGCGAUUACAUGUGGCCAUUUGGUAAUGACACGAAUGAAAAUCCAGAUAUUCAGCUUGACACCGAUGUGAACGAGAGUAAGGAAUGGAUCCGUGAAUCCGAUCCGAAUGUCGCCUUCCUUGCUUACUUUUCUAUCGCUUUUCUGUUCGCCUUCCCGCUCAUGUUUUCGGUCACAUUUCUGAUUCUAUUUCUCAGUUCUUUCGGUGUCGUAUUCCUAAUCACCUUUAUAUUUUCUUUUUUAUUCGCCUUGGUUUCGGCCUCGGUUAUCUCCAUGGCUUUACCAAUGCAUCAAAUCCCACCCGCUUUAUUGGCUUAUUUACAUCCACAGUUUUGGUUAAACAGCUUGUGGCAUCUGACUCACCAGAUCUCACUAGGCUCCAUUCUAUCAACCGGGACGCGAUGGUGCCCUACUGUGGUUUGGAAUAUUCUGUUCACAAGUCGACCAUAA